GGCUACGUGCAUAUAUACCGGGCUUUCCGAACAGCAUCGAGUCUUCAGAGAGCGCGUUUCACAUCGGCGCAUUUUUCAAAGAUGAAGUUUUUCCUGGUUAGCUUUGUCGUGUAUUCUAAUUGGAUAUUUUGCUUCUCGGGGGAGAACUUUAUCAACUCACCUUCGCCAGAUAUCGUCAACGGGACAAAUUCCAGCCUCAACUCACGGCCUUACCACGUCCUGCUGACUUUCAACUCGGACCGUGCCUACGGGGGUUGGGCAUGUCAGGGAGCUUUGAUCUCUAACAAUUAUGUGCUGACAGCCGCCAACUGUGCUUACGAUGCGAGCCGUAUCAAUAUCACUCUUGGCUUGAACGACGUUAACAAUUCCACCGGAAGCGUCGUGAUGUCAACUACCGAUGCCGGCGUGACUUUUCACCCCAAAUACGUGCGCAAUAUCUACGACAACUUAGCUCUCAUCCAGCUGCCUCAAUCGGUCACCUCCAGCAGCACUAUCCAAGCUAUAAAGCUGCCAGCUUCAUCUUCCUCUACGAACAUGUUCGAGAACGUGACUGGGGUGGCUUCUGGGUGGGGUUAUACUGACGGUGACAUCUACAAUAGCACUCCUGGAACUUUGAAGGAAACCCAGCAACAAGUCAUGAACUACUUGGUGUGCGAAGACACCAUCGGCAUUUUUAUAGAAGAUGGCAUCUUGUGCACAACGGGAAUCGAUGGUGCUUUAUGCGUAGAAGACGAGGGCGCUCCUUUGGUGAUAGACGGAGCGCUGAUCGGGAUAUUGGCAUCUGCCAGCGGCAAUUGCACUAACGAAUCACCCUCCAUAUUUAUCAAGAUACCCCUCUAUCUAGAUUGGUUGGGGGAGAACACUGACGCGAACAUUACCGCGAAUUAAUAUGAUAUUAUUGCGAAUGGUGCAUUUUGCGAUGGAAUUAAAGAUUAUUCGCUUAUCUCAAA